CAAAAACCUUUAUCUUACAACAGCAACAACAACAGCAACAAAAGCAACAACUUACAACAACAACAACAAGAACAACUGCAGCAACAGAACGAAACGCUUUCGAAUAACAACAUCAAACAAAGGGGGAAACAACAACAAUCACUCCGCCAUAAAAAAAUGUGUAAAUUUCUUGCCUCUAAACAACAUCUAAAAGCAACAAAUGUUUAUAAAAAAUCAAAAAAAACCUUAAACCAAAAAAAUAAAUGCAAACGAACUAGAAAAGUUAUCAGAGGGGAAAAGUGUUCGAGUUUUCUGGCUAAAUAUUAACCCAACCCAACCAACCAAAAUUUACAUUUCUUGUACCCUUCCUUUCCUUCUACCUUUCAGGAGCUUGUAAUAAAACCUCUUAAUCGUGUUACAUUUUAA